AUGGAGGAAAGACCUUACACAGACAUUGAUGAGCCCCGGAGGAAGCGAUGCUGUAGGCGGGGAACCCAGAUCGUCCUGUUGGGACUGAUGACCACUUCACUGUGGGCUGUGCUGCUGGCUCUCCUGUUGCUGUGGCACUGGGACACUGCACGCAACCUGAAGCAGCUGGAAGGAACUGCCAUCCAGAAUGUGUCUCAAGUUUCCAAAGACUUAGGAAGACACAAGAGCAGCCAGAUGGCCCAGAAAUCCCAGACUGCCCAGAUGUUGAAGAACAUAGGAGAACUGCAGGCUGAACAGAAAAGCAUGAAGUCUCUUGAAUCCGAGUUCUUCCAGUACCUGAGGGAACUUGGAAAUGACCUGAGCAACCUCAAAUCCAAGACUCUGAACGAGAGGCAGGAAGCCUCAGACUCACUGGAGAGGCUCCAGGAGGAGGUGGCGAAGCUGUGGAUGGAGCUGAAGAUUUUGAACGGCUCUGUGUGCAACACAUGCCUGGAGAAGUGGGUCAAUUUCCAGAAGAAGUGCUAUUAUUUUGGUGAGGGUGCCCAGACGUGGCUCCAGGCUAAGUACGCGUGCGAGGACCUGCAUGGGCGGCUGGUCAGUAUCCACAGCUCAGAGGAGCAGGCCUUUCUGAGCAGCCACGCCAACAAAGAGGGCUCCUGGACUGGCCUUCAGGACCUGGAUGAGGAGGGUGUGUUUACUUGGUUGGAUGGGAGCUCUGUGGACUACAGCAACUGGCGGCCAGGGGAGCCCAACAACCAAGCCCAGGGCGAGAACUGCGUGAUGAUGCUCGGCCCCUCCGGGCACUGGAACGAUGCUUACUGUCGCAGCAAGCUCAACAGCUGGGUGUGCGAGCGGCUGGCCACCUGCUGA